AUGAAUUUAACUCUGACUUCAUAUGAAAUAGCUGUGUAUACUGGUGAUAAAAGUGGUGCUGGUACAGACAGUAAAGUAUAUAUAACAUUAUUUGGAAAUGAUGGAAAACAAACACAAAAAAUUCAAUUGAAAAAUUCAAAUAAUAAAGAUCCAUUUGAAAAAAACCAAGUAGAUACAUUUCAUGUUGAAAGUGAUUAUAUUGAAGAACUAACUAAACUUCGAAUUGAACAUGAUAAUACAGGUCGAGGCCCUGGAUGGUUUCUUGAUCGAAUUGUUGUGACAGAUUUGAAAAAUUCAUCAACAAAAUACAUUGGAAUAUGUAAUAGAUGGUUAGCAAAAGAUGAAGAUGAUGGAGAAAUAUCUCGAGAUCUUAUAUUAAAAAAACAAACAAGUGAAAUGAAAAGAAAAAGAAUUGAAUAUGAUUUUUAG